GGGCUCGCCACAGUUGUUGUAGCACUGUUUUGGAGGAUUUUGUUACUCAUGAGGGAGUGAGAAGAGCAAGGCAGGAAUUCCCCUUGGAAGGAUUCCAAGCAAUAAUCACAUCACCCAACGUAUGAGCCGAAUUCCUGCUGCACUAAAUUGUGUGACUCACAUACAUCCUCAACACUCUCACACAACACACAGCAGAGUCCAGUUUGCAGGAAACUUCUUAUCCAUCUGCUGCACCUAAAAAACAGGUGGGCUGUUGUUAAAGUAGGAAGCCUCUUUGGACCAACAGAAAAACGAGAGGAAGGAUGUAUUCGAUGAGCACAGCUGCUGGGAGAUGAGGUUACAAUGUGAAGCUAAACAAAAGGAAGGAAAGGAAACAGAUCUCUCUUGUGUACAGUGCACUGUGAGAUGGGAGCCAAGCAAGUAGCUGUUUGACAUCACUAAGGCUGAGCAUUGGAUUACAACAGGGACUUACUUGGCAAGGGAGUGGGGGAACCGCCUCCCUAGCCCUUGAAGGAGCACAACUUCAUUUAGCUGCCGUUCAAGCAAGGAAACUGGGUGUCCGAAAGUGUGACUCAGCUGACCACUUUGGCUGUUUGCCAUUCCAAACCCACACAGCUUUGGGUGAAUGUGAGUUCAAGCCGGACUGGAGCCUUGAAUUUUAACAGCCCAGGUCCAUCCACUUGUUGGACCCAUAUUCCAACUACUUGGUGUCUUUUCAUACAUGGAUGCCUAUGAACCAUCUUGCACAGAAGGACAAUGAAUUAAGUCAGUUAAGUCCAGGACUGCUGAGCUGGAGAGUUUAACAUUUAGGAAUGUCUGAGAGCAGAAAGGGAACCUAUCUCAAACAGUGUCAGAAAUGCCAUGUCGACAUGAACGGAGACAUGUUAGAUGCACAAGGUGUCUGUCUUCGUUGCAAAGCUGAGGCAGGAGAGGAGCAGCAAAAGAAAGACAACAGGGAUUCUGUUGCAAAGAAUGUAGGUGAGAUGGAUCCUGAGGCAAAUUACUCUGAGUUCAUUGGUUGUGACCGAAGCGGACGAAGAAAUGCAGUCCCUGAUCUUCAAGGAGAUGCAACUGACCUUAAACUGGAGAAACUGGCAAGCACCAUGGAUGAUAUUGCCCUUGCAGGAGAAGAAACUCAAGGAGAAGAUGCUGCUGCAAAAAAAUCUGGAAUGACUCCUAAGAUUCAAGACAGAAGCCCAACUUUGUAAGUUUUCCGAUCUGCAAAAAGCUGGGACUCUUCCAUCUGAAAGAAAUCAACCUGCGACAGGGAGGCUCUCACUUAAAGGCCUCUGCUAUGAACAUCUGGAUCUCAGCUAUGACUUUCUGUGGCAAGCAGCCAGUACCGUCAAAGAACUCUCUUUCUGUAACAGCAAAGGAAGAUCUACUCCAGUGACUUGAGUUGUAAAACAUUAGCAGUUAUUUUCCUGUAUAGGAAAACACAUGAGUAAUAAUAUAUACACUUCAGAGUUUAUUGUAAAAGGUACAUUUUCUUCACGUAGUAAAUACAAAAUAUUUAUUCUACACCCCUAAAUUAUUACUCUGCUGUAUCCUUCUCCAUGCACAUGACACGGCUAGUAUUUGGUGGCUGAGUACAUGGGGAUUAUAGGAUACAAUUCACUAGACGUUUCUCACACAUGAAGAUAUUGAGGUCACUAGAAGAUGCAUAAGAGUAGCCAUGCUCAUAGACAACUCCAAUGCAGUAACUAGGGAUGGCAAUGGAAAUUUCCCCCUGGAUGUACCCAUAUCCUUCUUGAAGAAAGACAAAAAUGAAAUCCACCUAUUUCUAAUUCACCAACUUAGUAGUUCUCUUUUCUGACACAGAAGAAAGGACUGAGGUUUAUAGAUAUCCACCAUCCAUACCAAAUUGUUCAGAAUUGCUGAUGAGGUACAUUUUGAAAACUGGUUUCAUAAUAAAAUGGAAGGCAGCACAUCUUCAAACUAAUUCAUUAAGCUCUAUAGCAUUCAAUUGCUCAGUCAGAUUUUGUGCCUAUUGUUAACAGACAUAAUUUGUGUUGAAAUUUGCAUGCAAAUUUGUAAACUUGUUUUUUCAACAAUUAAAAGCAAAUGAAGUUUU